AGAUUGCGGAUUUUCUUCUUACUCUCUCCUGAUUCCUGUAAUUGUCAAACCUGGAUUUCUGGAAAACCUUGUAAUUUUGGGUAGGUUAAAGCAAUUUUGCAACCCUAGUCUGAGCGCUUCCUCACGUUUAACCAAUCGGGGCAUUAGGACCUCUCGGUAUCCUGUAGCUUUGUGUCGUAGUAUUGAGAAGUGAACCAUAUGACGCUAGGCUAGCUAGUUUAUGAUAGCCUUUCCGUUUGGUAUUGGUAAGAGAGGAGGCAUUCGUGUCAGCACAGAUUAGAACAUAUUUAGUGUCAGGGUGUAGCCAAAUCCAGCCAGCUAGCUAACCUCGCUAGCCGCAGACAGACAUACAAGCAACACUGUGAACGAGGCCCUUGGGAAUUACGAACCGCUAGCAAGUCUGAUAAUUGAGUUUUUGCAAGAGGACACCAACGUUGCCUAGCUCGCUGGCUUGCAAAGCAGCACUACAAGUAGCAUUGCUAGCUAGGUCAACAGACCACGGCGUUAUUAAAGAUGAAUGGCAUAUGUAUGAAGAACGAGGGUAUAGAGGGGACAGAGAGGUUUGCUAGCCCGGGGAAGGGCAGGGGACUGCGGGCUGUGAAGCACUUCCCUGUCGGAGACCUCGUAUUUGUCUGUCCUGCCUAUUCCUACGUGCUGACGGUGAAUGAGAGAGGAGCGCACUGUGAAUACUGCUUCACCAGGAGGGAAGGACUCUCCAAAUGUGGCAAAUGUAAACAAGCUUACUACUGCGAGAUCGACUGCCAGAAGGGGGACUGGCCCAUGCACAAGUUGGAGUGUACAGCCAUGUGUUCCUAUGGGGAGAACUGGUGUCCAUCCGAGACCGUCAGAUUGGUGGCCAGGAUCAUCAUGAAACAGAAAGUCACAACGGAACGGUCACAGUCAGAGAGGCUGUUACUCCUCAGCGAGUUUGAAGCCCACCUGGAUAAGUUGAACAGUGAGAAGAAUGAGAUGAAUCAGACAGACAUAGCAGCACUGCAUCAUUUCUACUCUAGACACAUAGACUUCCCUGAUGACCAAACCCUCACUGUGCUCUUUGGACAGGUAAACUGUAAUGGCUUCACUAUAGAGGAUGAGGAACUGUCUCACCUGGGCUCUGCUGUGUUCCCUGAUGUAGCGUUGAUGAACCAUAGUUGUAGUCCUAACGUCAUCGUCACCUACAGGGGGACAGUAGCAGAGGUACGAGCCGUGCAGGACAUCCAGCCUGGAGACGAGAUCUUCAACAGUUACAUUGACCUGCUCUACCCGACGGACGACAGGAACGAGAGACUGAGAGAUUCUUACUUCUUUACCUGCGUGUGUGAUGAGUGUGCCACCCGGUCUAAGGAUGGAGCUAAGAUGGAGCUUCGUAAGUUGAGCUCUCCCCCCGAGCCAGAGGAGGUCAGAGAGAUGGUUCGCUACGCCAGGAAUGUUAUUGAAGAGUUCCGUAGAGCUAAGCACUACAAGACCCCUAGUGACCUGCUGGAGAUCUGCGAGUUGAGCCAGGAGAAGAUGGGCUCCAUAUUUGCAGACACUAACGUGUACAUGCUGCAUAUGAUGUACCAGGCCAUGGGAGUGUGUCUGUACAUGCAGGACUGGGACGGAGCCAUGAGCUACGGAGAGAAGAUCAUACAACCAUACAGUAUCCACUACCCAGCCUAUUCUCUGAACGUGGCCUCCAUGUACCUGAAACUGGGCCGACUAUACCUGGGACUGGAGAGGAAGAACCAGGGAGUCAAGGCGUUAAAGGAGGCGAUCGCCAUUAUGGAAGUGGCUCAUGGGAAGGAUCACCACUACGUAACAGAGGUCAAACGGGAGGUGGAGGAGCUGAAGUGAGGAGGAGAGGAGGAGGAAAAGUGAAGAAGAAGAGGAAGGAGUAAUGAGGACGAGAGAAGGAAGAGUGAAGAAGAGGAUUAGAGGAAUGAGGAGUAAUGUGAAGGAGUGAGGAGGAGAUGAGGACUUCUCCAAACCCUGGAUCAAAACAUAAUAAUUAAACAAAACAGCUGCAUGGCACUGAGCAUGCAUCCUAUACCUCUCUUUACGUGUCUCUCUCCCUCCCUCUCUCUGUCUCCCUCUCUCUCUCUCUCUCUCUCUCUCUCUCUCUCUCU